GUCAUACAUCGAGCGCAGAUUGAAUCGAUCGUCAUACAUCGAGCGCAGAUUGAAUCGAUCGUCAUACAUCGAGCGCAGAUUGAAUCGACCAGUUCUGCAGCAUGGCGGAGGACAAGGAUCCGGUGACCCGGCUGAAGGAUCUGGCACAGCUCAGAGAUCAGCUGGAGGAGAUUCAGAAGAAGGUGGAGAAUGAAGUUCAGGCCGGAAUCCCACAGGGUGGAUCAUUACUAGCUUCUCCGUUCCUGAAAGGAUUCCUGACAGGUUAUGUGGUUUCCAGACUGCGUUCUUCUGCCAUCUUGGGAGUCGCUUUGGGAACCCUCACAGGAAUCUACGCUGCUCAAAAUGAUCAGGUGCCCAACAUUGAGGAGACCAUACGAGACGUUCUGAGCUCUCUGAAGAAAGGACCUGGUAAUUAACAGUGGA